CCGGGAGCCGUGAGGGGCUGAGAGGCGGCGGGACCGCCGCCGGGAGCGGGACCGCCACCGGCAGCGGCUCCUUCGUCCCUCCCUCCAUGGGGCCGGGGGCGGCCCUGCCCCGCCCCGCCGCCGCCGUCGUGAAGUGACAGCGCGCUGCGAGGCCAAGGCGCUGCUGCCGGCCCGGCACGGGGCGGGGGGGGGAGGGGGGUGUCCGGUGAGUGAGGCGGCGGCGGCGGCCCGGGCUCGCCCCCGCCGCCGCCCGGGGGUCUCAGCGUGAAGGGGCCGGAGCGGAGCGGCCGCGCCAUGAACUACCAGCAGCAGCUGGCCAACUCGGCAGCCAUCCGGGCCGAGAUCCAGCGCUUCGAGUCGGUGCACCCCAACAUCUACUCCAUCUACGAGCUGCUGGAGCGGGUGGAGGAGCCCGUGCUGCAGAACCAGAUCCGCGAGCAUGUCAUCGCCAUCGAAGAUGCCUUUGUAAACAGCCAGGAAUGGACACUGAGCCGAUCUGUACCCGAGCUGAAAGUGGGGAUCGUGGGUAACCUGGCGAGUGGGAAGUCAGCGCUGGUGCACCGCUACCUGACCGGCACCUACGUCCAGGAGGAGUCACCUGAAGAUAUGGAUGCAGGUGGGAGAUUCAAGAAGGAGAUAGUGGUUGAUGGACAGAGCUACCUGCUGCUGAUCAGAGAUGAAGGAGGCCCUCCAGAGGCACAGUUUGCCAUGUGGGUGGAUGCUGUUAUCUUUGUGUUCAGCUUGGAGGAUGAAGUCAGCUUCCAGACUGUGUACCACUACUACAGCCGCAUGGCCAGCUAUCGCAACACUAGUGAAAUCCCCAUGGUCCUGGUGGGCACCCAGGAUGCCAUCAGCUCCACCAACCCCCGCGUCAUCGACGACGCCAGAGCCAGGAAGUUGUCCAAUGACCUCAAGAGAUGCACUUACUACGAGACCUGCGCGACCUACGGGCUCAACGUGGAGAGAGUCUUCCAUGACGUUGCCCAGAAGAUCGUUUCCACCAAGAAGAAGCAGCAGCUCUCAAUCGGACCCUGCAAAUCUCUACCCAACUCUCCGAGCCACUCCUCCGUGUGUUCUGCCCAGGUUUCUGCCGUACAUAUCAGCCAGACCAGUAAUGGAGGAGGGAGUUUAAGUGAUUAUUCCUCCUCUGUCCCAUCAACUCCAAGCACCAGCCAGAAGGAGCUGCGGAUUGAUGUUCCUCCCACUGCCAACACACCAACUCCUGUCCGCAAACAGUCCAAGCGCCGAUCCAACCUCUUCACGUCUCGGAAAGGGAGUGACCCAGACAAAGAGAAGAAGGUCCUGGAGAGCAGAACAGACAGCAUUGGAAGCGGCCGUGCAAUCCCAAUUAAACAGGGGAUGCUGCUAAAGCGGAGUGGCAAGUCCCUGAACAAGGAGUGGAAGAAGAAGUACGUGACACUGUGUGACAACGGCGUGCUGACCUACCAUCCCAGCCUGCACGAUUACAUGCAGAACGUUCACGGGAAAGAGAUCGACUUGCUGAGAACCACUGUGAAGGUCCCUGGGAAGAGGCCACCCCGAGCCACAUCAGCCUGUGCCCCCAUCUCCAGCCCCAAAACCAACGGCCUCUCCAAAGACAUGAGCAGUUUACACAUCUCGCCAAAUUCAGGGAACGUGACUGCUAGCACAUCUGUGUCUCAGAUGGCCAGUGGGAUCAGUCUGGUGUCCUUCAACAGCCGCCCGGACGGUUUGCACCAGCGCUCCUACUCGGUCUCCAGUGCAGAUCAGUGGAGCGAGGCCACAGUCAUUGCCAACUCUGGCAUUAGCAGUGACACGGGCCUGGGAGAUUCAGUGUGCUCCAGCCCCAGCAUAUCCAGUACCACCAGCCCCAAACUGGACCCCCCUCCUUCCCCCCACGCCAACAGAAAGAAGCACCGCCGGAAGAAAAGCACCAGCAACUUCAAAGCUGAUGGCAUCUCGGGCACGGCCGAGGCCAAACGCAAAGCUUGGAAACUAAACCGUGUUGGUAGCCUGCGAAAUAUUUACAGCAGCAGCAGCACCAACACCGAAGAACAAGAAGAAAACUUUGAAUUUAUCAUCGUUUCUCUCACGGGCCAGACUUGGCACUUUGAAGCAACCACCUACGAAGAGAGGGACGCGUGGGUCCAAGCCAUAGAGAGCCAGAUCCUGGCCAGUUUACAGUCCUGUGAGAGCAGCAAGAACAAGUCGCGCCUGACGAGUCAGAACGAGGCCAUGGCGCUGCAGUCCAUCAGGAACAUCCGAGGCAAUUCCCACUGCGUGGACUGCGAGGCACAGAACCCCGACUGGGCCAGCCUGAACCUGGGAGCCCUCAUCUGCAUCGAAUGCUCAGGUAUCCACCGCAACCUCGGCACGCACCUGUCCCGGGUGCGCUCCCUGGACCUGGACGAUUGGCCCAUCGAGCUCAUCAAGGUGAUGUCAGCCAUUGGCAACGAGCUGGCCAACAGUGUGUGGGAGGAGAACAGCCAAGGCCACGUGAAGCCUUCCUCAGACUCCACCAGGGAAGAGAAAGAGCUCUGGAUACGCGCCAAGUACGAGCAGAAGCUCUUCCUCGCCCCACUGCAGUGCCUGGAGCUCUCUCUGGGCCAGCAUCUCCUGAGGGCCACGGCCGAGGAGGACUUGCGGACGGUGAUCCUGCUGCUGGCCCACGGCACGCGGGAGGAGGUGAACGAGACCUGCGGGGACGGGGACGGGCGCACCGCCCUGCACCUGGCCUGCCGCAAGGGGAACGUGGUGCUGGUGCAGCUCCUCAUCUGGUACGGCGUGGACGUGAUGGCGCGCGACGCCCACGGGAACACGGCGCUGGCCUACGCCCGCCAGGCCUCCAGCCAGGAGUGCGUCGACGUGCUGCUGCAGUACGGCUGCCCCGACGAGCGCUUCGCCCUCAUGGCCACCCCAAACCUGUCCAGGAAGAACAACAACCGCAACAACAGCGGCGGGAGGAUGCCCACCAUCAUCUGAGGGGAGCUCGCUCGCGCGUUCGCUGACCCUGGUCACGUCCGCGGCCUCACAUUCCUCCAUCCCCAUCGCAGCUCCGCUCUGUGAGUCCGGUACGUCUCCUUCUCCCUUUUCCCUUCGGUCCAUCCCGAGCGCCAGGCGGGACGUGGAGGAGCGCGGGGGCCGAGAGGAGCGCGGGGGCCGCGGGCAGGCCGUCGUUUCAGCGCCCGCCGCGGGGGCCGCGCCGGACAGCCGGCACCGCCCGGGGACACGCGGCACCGCCGGGGACGGGCGGGGGGAGAGGCGAGCCGGAGCAGAAGGAAGGAAGGAAGGAAGGAGAGACGGUGACUUUCCCUAAGUGACAGUGAAGCACAUCAGAACAUUUCACCUCUACGGAACGCGGCGACGCCUGGAUUUCCAUUCUCUUCUCCUGAAGAGCUUGACGGCAUAAAUCAGAAGCAAGCACAGAGUUUGUCAGGUUUGAAGCUCCUAUGAUGGUAUGUGUCAAAUCAGUUGUAGCUAAUCUGUCCGGGGAGAAUACUGGCUUCAUUACACUUGUAUAGUUGAGUUCUUCCAGCAUUACUGCUGUUUAAUAGAACAUGAUUAGUCAUCACGGAGAAAAAAGCAUAUUAGCUGAGGAGGUAGUUACAUGGCACGCUUCGGUGAUUGCUUGGAUGUGAUUGCAAUAUUCUUAGAAGCAUCAUAUUAUCUCAGACAUGUUCUUUCGAGCCCUUGGAGCCCUCCUUUCUAAAUUCACUGUCAUAAUUUAGUAUCUGUUUAAUUUUUCAGUCCAAAGAGAGGAAAUGAGUUGCUGAGUGUUAUUUGACUGCAGUCUCCUUGGUGUAAAAACAAAAUGGAAAAAAUAAAUAAGAGUAAGCCUGAAACACAAAAAGGAAUAAUGAAUACCACUAUGGAAAACAACAUUUCAAGUACGUUUGGUGAAAUUAAUAAAUGCAUUAAAGGCUAAUUUUUUUUUUUUGUUACGUUUUCAGCCAGCAGAAAUAGGUUCUGUCAUUUUGCCAAGGUAAAUUGUGUUGAGUUUUUGGUCACUCCUGUGAUGCAUUGCCUAACUUAUACAGAUUUUUGUAUUGUGUCUCUAGAUUCUAUGUAUUUAAAAUCUAUUUGAAUAAAAAAAAGACCGUAAAUAUACAUUGAUUUUUUUUUUUUUGUACAGAAAAUGACAUCUCUGUUAAUUUAUAAACUGUAAUGGAUGUGAGCUAAAUAAUGUGCAUCUAGUUAGGAUCUGUGGGUUACAGAUCAUUAUUGUACAUUGAUAACAUUCCCAGCAGUGAACUCUUCUUUCCAAAGCCUGUGAGGAACGACACAUCAGGAGAUCAGGGAAGGAAAAAAAAAAAAAAGCACGUGAGACCUUUCAAAAAGGAGAAAAGAGGCUGUUCCUCAGCACUGUAAAUAUAUUUUACUCCAGAAGUCAGGAAGCUUUCACAAGCCAAGACAAAAAGCCCCAUUCUGGCUGGGGGAAGAUCAGAUUUGAUUAAGUUCAGAAUUGAUAGCCUUCACCGCGGCGGGCAGGGCACGGCUGCGCUCCCUCCCAGCCCGGCUGCUUUCGGCAAGAAAAAUGGCUUGUGGAAGUGGCCUGGACAGUUCAUUUCAAUUCCAAGUUUCAAUACUUGAUGAUUGGGUUAUUUUGGUCUUGCGUCCCAGCUUCUCCUGCUUCCCACUAGCUGGAUUCUGGCGUGGGGAAGCAGAGGUUUUGGCAGGCAGAAAAGUUGAUUUUUCUUUUUUUUUUUUUUCUUUUUUUGAAGUGGCAUGUGGCACUGUGAGGAUGGGGGCAUGGUUUAUCAUGGAGAAAGUUGAAAACUCAACUGAAUUCGAUGGCAAAGGAGCAAUUAUGUGAAGGCUGUGAGGUGCACAGAGCAGAGUCAUUUGCAGAUCGACCUGCUCCUGUGUAUCUCCCAGGCCUUUGGGGUGGUGCUCUUCCUUGGGGCUCUGGGUUUCAUUCAGCACACAAAUGGGAGCAGCAGUUGCUAAAUAAACUGAAUGUGGACAAAAUUGAAAGGAAGAAAUGCAACAUGGUUAUUUUAAGGAAAACCAAAAAACAGGAGAAAAAUUACAGAUUUGAGGCAAAAUUGUGGAUGAGAAACGAGCCUUGAGGUGGAAGCACAGGAAUAUUGACCAGCUUCUCUUUAUGGUGUUGUCCUUUUGUACUUUGUUGUUUUCUAGACCUUUGAGUAUCUGGGGGGAGGAAAUCUUUUUCCAGCCAGCCUAGGCUGACUGCACCAGACACAGCUGAUUCCCUUCCCACUGGGAUACUUCUAAAUAUUUUAAUGUAAUUUUUUUUUAAUUCAGGAAAGGUGUCUGUUUGAACUGCCAUUUCUCCACCAUUCCUGACAUUUGGUACUUACAGGUGGUCCCUCAGGGAGGGGACAGGACAGCCCAGCUGAUGUGCAGCUGGAGGGGAUGCUGUGAAACCCCCGCUGUGUGCUGGUGCUCAGGAGCUUUGCCACAGCAGGGAUUCAGGAAUGGCAAUCCCAGAGGUGCUAGAGCUGCCUCCUGUUCCCCCCAGGAGCAUCCAGGGCAUUUGUAUCCCAAAAACCAAGUCCAGUGUUUCAAAUCCACGGUGGGCAGUGUUCAAAGUGCACAUUCCGUUUCAGAGCUGGGGUUUUUACCUAAUUGAGAUUAUUUUCUGUACAUUGUUUAAUGCUCUCUUUGGGCCACCUUCCUCUGACAAGGCUGAGGGUGAUGUUUGAGAAACAAGGGCAACCAGGCAGAUUGCAGGUAGACAAAUUUCAUGGUCCUUGCCCUAAAAAUCUUCUGAAGGCAGCCCUUGAAAAAGCACAGAAUAUUUUUAGGAGAGGAAAUUCCAGUGUAUUACAGGAAAAAUUAUGCAUCCAGGCAAGCCAAGUGAUUCUUUAAUUAAGUGGUAACACGGUUGCUUUUAACCUAAACGUGGUUUUCCCCUAAGUGUUGGCAUAACUAUGUUGAAGCAGUGGGGGUCUGUGGGGAGGAUUCCCAGCCCUGCACGUGGCAGAGCUCCCUUGGAAGGUCAGGAGAUCCCAGAAUAUCCUGAGCUGGAAGGGACCCUCUGGGUGAGGUCACCCAGGGCUGUUGUCACCAAGUCACUCCUUGCAGGGUGGAGGACAGGGGGGGAAAGGCAGGGGUUGGAGGAAGCUCUCCUUGGCUGGAUCCUGGUGGGGCUUGGCUUUGAGAGCUCCUCAGGCUUUUCAGGGGGUGUGUUUGCACUUUGCAGAGGCUGCUCUUGGAGCCAUCCAGGUGCAGAAUCGGGCAACGUCUCCUGGCACUUGGAGAUCCCACAGGAAUGCCGUUCCUGUUGCUUUCACUCCAUUCUCCCACCGCUCCUUGUCUGGUGUUUAGCCGCUCUUGUUGCUUUUUUGGAGCCCUCUUGCCAGGCUGUUCACACCCUUUGAGCAGGCUGGGAACAAAACAAGCCCUAGCUGUGACCCAGUCCAUGAGAAAUCCCAGCAGAAACCCAGCAGCCCAAGCUGUUCUCUCUGAACGGAGUCUGCAGCAGUGGUUGUCAUUGCACCCCCCCAGUCCUUCCCCUCAUCCCAGAUACCUUGAAAUCCCCCUUCCUCUGCACUUUAUCCAUGACUAAAACACCAGAAGCGAGUCAGCCCCUGUUGUUUCCAUAUUUCCUCCUCUCUUUGGCUAAUUGCUGUGGAAUUCAGUCGGAUGUGUCACAGCUGAACCUGGAUAUUGCCAGGGACAGUUCACUUCUCCUUGUUCUUCAUGAAGAAGAAAGACCCAACCUUGGGAAAAUUCAGGGUCCUGCCCUGAAUGCAGAGAUUUGACCAAGGGCUCCCAUUACCAGUUUUCCAAUUUUGGUGGUAAAAAGAGGAGCAGAAAAAAAAAUAAAUUUAAAAAGCUCGGAGAACCUUGGUGCUGCUUGAAAAGCCGGGUGAGCUCCUGGAAGGUGGAGGGGAUUUUGAAGCAUUUGGGCGCAGUGUAAAAUAACCAUGUAGACAUUAACAUUGUUUAAUUCGCUGUCUUGUCCCCCUUCCCUUAAAUUAUGUGUGUUAGUGCAAGAAAAAUAAAAAGCUUUAGCUGCACUUGGAGAUUUCCCUGGGCCAGAGAAGGCCGAGUCACGUAGGGAGAGGAGUCGGGGUAGGAAUGCAGAUCCAGGUUUGGGUAACUGUAAUGUAGAAUAAUUAGAUUAUAUGGGGUUGGAAUAGCUUCAGCUUUUAUAUUUGUAUGGAGAUCGGGAGAAAUGAAGUAAUUUGUAGUUUCUAGUAUAAAGUAGUGGUAGUGGAGACAAGCACAGAUUUCACAAGGGGGUCCCCAAGGGGCCCUUCCCAAACGUCUCGGGGAGCCGCCUUUGCACCUUAACAGGGAUGGUUGUUGGGGUUUGUUGUUGGUGAAAUGGUCAUUUCAUGUUUGGUUACGUGGUUGUUGUCAGAGGGGGGACUCGAGGGGAGCGUGGGGGACCAAACUUUGAGGCAGCUUGGCUGGAGAGAAGACAACUUCCCCAUCCUCAUCUCACUGUCAGGCAUCUUCCUUCCCCCUCCAGGGGCUGCUACAGCGACCCUUAGGUGGGAUCUCUGCCUCUUGGGCCUGGAUCCUCAGUUCCACCCCUUCCAUUCUUGAUGAUUUGUGGGUAAAAUUUACUGCGUAGAAAACCUGGUUUUGGAUGUUCUUGUGUUUGCUGCACAACAGGAAAAAAAAAAAAAAAAAAGAAACAGAACCGCUGCAGAGUAAAGUUCUUUUCAAGGUAGAAAAGAAACACUGAAGUACCCCAAAUUCAGAGGUUCUGCAAUGAGUUUUGAGUUCUAAGCUACCAGAAGAAGAAGGUUGGCUUGAAUGGUUUUAUUGGAAAAUAAUCUCCUGUUUGAAAAAAAGAAUAGAGGUCAUAGAGCAAAACAUCCAGAGCUGUAGAUGGGUGAAUUUGUUGGUUUAGGAUAUUUGUAGGUUUUGCUUUGUUGUUUAGCAUGGGCCAGUUUUUACAGUAAAUAUUGGGACAGUUUACCUUGAGUUGACUGAGUCUGUCCCACGCUUUAAAGGGAGGUUUGAGGGGUUUUGGCCAGGAUUGUCAGGAGCUGUGAAUAGUUCACGUUUAGAGAGGGGAAUUGCAUGAUUUCUGAAAAGUAAAAGGUCAGUUUGGGGUUUUUUUUAGGGCCAUCUUCAGCCCCAAAUCGCCAAGCAUGUUUCUGGCCCCAUGUUUUGUUUCAGGGCGACAGCAAGAUGUGGGUGAAUCAACUCCCAUCAUUUACUACCAUGUUCAGGGGGGAGAAUUUUGCUUGUGGGUGGAUAAAAUAAAGAUGUCUUUGUGCAUUUCAGCAGUUUUAACCUCUUCAUCUCCCCGUGCCUGCCUGUAUCCCAAUCCCCCGUGGCGCUCUGGGUUCUGUGGGCAGGCAGAGCCCCAGCUUCCCCUCAGCCAUGCAUUUUCUGGAUGUGGUUUUUUUUUUUUAGCUUCCAGUGCUAAGGACUGGCUGUUCAGCAGUGCUUCAGAGCUACUCAUUUUUACAUUUGUGUGUUCUGUACAGAAUGUGAGGGGGGUGGGUGGGGGACCCUUCAGAGGUCUCAUGGCAUGCCUUGGGGAUGGUGGCCACGUUGCUUGCUGGCAGUGAAUGCACCCUGCUUGCCACAACUGAUCCGUGUGGGAUUUUUGUUGUUCCUGAGAGCUGAAGUAGCUGCAAACACUUCCCUGGUCUUCAGGAAUUGCAGGGUACGAGGAGGAAAACCCCUCACAGAGACAGCUCGUGCACAUCUCCUCUGUGCCCCAAACCCCAAACUCCUCCUGCAGGACCCAAGAAGGGUUUUGGUGCUGAAUGUGGGGGUUUUUUUGGCAUCCCAAAUGUAGGAGUUGAGCUGAGUUGAACCGGUGGGAGAAGUGCAGCCAGGGUGUCACACUUUGCACUUGCUUUGUGUGUGUGUGUGUGUGCUGGUGCCUGCUCCUCACACUGCUGCCAGGGGUUGUGGGAAUGCCCUAAUCACCAUCAGGAGCUGGAGCCAGCCUUUGGUUGGAUGCUUUUCCCAGCUGGAGUCAGACCAGCCACUUCCAAGGAGGCAGGAUGGGGGACGCUGGCUUGAAGGAUGAAGAGGUGCAGGGAGAUGAGGUCCAGGCUUGCUGCAGCCUCAGAGGUUUUCCGAAAAUCCAGCUCCUGCAGGCAGCAACAUUCAGCUUGAGAAAACCUUGAGCUCGGCCUCCAGGACUGGAGGGGAGACAUCCCCCCCUUGCUGGAGAGGGGAAAUCCCAGCUCGCCAGCCCUGGGGGUGGGAAGCUCCAGGGAAGGAGAUUCUGGAGGUAGAAAGGAGAGAGUCUUGCACUUCAGAGGCCCUUUUUAAUACCAAUUUGCUUGAGACUCAUCUUUCUGGCUGAACCCGAGCGUGGGACCACUGAGCUGUCGGGGAUUCAGCGGCGCUUUGGGGUCCUGCUGCCUUUUGGGGCUGUCGGGGAUAACGGGGAGAUGUUUCCAAGUGAGAUGUUCCUAAGAGCUGUCUCCAGCUGGGUUCUUGCCCAAGGGCUGCUCCUCAUCCCUCUCUCCACGUGUUCUUGGCCAUGACUGGCUCCCAAGAUUUUGCUGUGGGGGUCCACAAACCUCAGGUGCUGCAGUCUGGGAACAGCUGAGCCAAAGUUGUUGACACCAUCUCUGCCCUGGCUUUGGUUUCUUGUCCUUCCAGGGGCAAUCCAUAGGGAGAGGGCAAGGAAGGAGCUGGGGAGAGGGCCGUGCUGGGUGUGCAGAAACGACGGGAGGAUCUUUCAUUUCCCACUCCUUCAAUUCCUUUGAAGUGCUGUGGAAAACCCGCCCGGUGUUUUUUCCUGAGGUAACCAGGGACUCAGCUGGAUUCUCCAUCGAAUCUGCAGAGGAAAAAGAGGAUGUACCCAUCCUCUGACAGCACACAGCUCCCUGCUAGUCCCAAGUGUCCAGGGUUUGGCCCAGCUCCCUUUUACUGUCUCGCAGUCAAGAGCACCUUUCAGUGGCACACUGCGUGUGGGUGCACAGACUGAGGGGUCUUUGGGGCAGGAGCAUCUCCUAAAACACCAGGGACUCGUUUUCUGAUGUUCUUGGCUCGCCUUGGAACGGCCAAGAGCUGGGAUCUGCAGCUCCUGCUGCCUUAAAACCCCUGGGCUUCAGCAGGAUGUGAGCAUAUCCCAAAUGCUUGGCCCAGCUCCAACCUGCAAAGGCUGGAUUUUGUGUUCAGCCCCCAAACCUUCCAGGUCUUUCUGCUUUGUGGUGUUUGUCUUUCCAGUUGAGUCGGGAGGGAGCCCAGGUGAGUAGGGGACACCUGCUCGGGGUAGAGGCAGGAGAUACCUAGCACAUGGCAGGCUUCAUAGCAAGUUUUGGGUUGUUGGGGUUUGGGGUUUUUUUGUUUGUUUUCUGUUUCUGUAAAUAAUAAUGUAUAAAUGAUGACGAGACAGUGUGGAAAUUCUAAAAAAAAAAAAAAAAAAAAAAAAAAAAAGGAAAAAAAAAGGUCUUUUGUUGUUGUUUUUAUAUUACCUCAUCCAGCAAGUUUGUUUUACAAUGACUCGAUGAUGCUUUAUUUAUAUUGUUUGUACUGUAAUUAAACCAAUUGACAAACAUUUCACUUUGCUUGUUGUUUCCUAUUAUUUGGGUUUGAUUAAGUAUGCCAGUUUGUAUUAUGUUCCCCUUUCCUCUCUCUCUCUCUCCCUCUACACGUCGAGAUUUUUUGUGUCAGCUGUACAGUAUUCUGAAAAAUUAAAAAUAAAAAUAAAAAUUAAAAAGGAACAACAACAAAAAAAGCUGUAAAGUACUGCAGAGAGAGGCUGCUAUAUUGUAUAGGUCUCUUUCUAAUAAAGACAAGAAAACUUGUUGGUCGCA